UGAAAAUCUUAAACACUGUGGUAUGAAAAAGAAAUCAAAUAUAUCCUUAACCAUUGCAUCAGAAUGUUGAAGAAACAAAUAGAAAUUAUUGCUCAUCUUGGACCCUACAAUCUACAAUAGAGGAAUCACAAUCCAUCAUUAGGUGUAUGAAAGAAGAGACUGGCUCUCCUGGAGUUUGUGUAGCUGUGAGCAUUGAUGGGAAAACUGUGUGGAGUGAAGGAUUUGGCUUUGCAGAUGUAGAAAAUAGAGUAUUAUGUUCCAGCAAAACUGUUAUGAGAAUUGCAAGCAUUAGUAAACCUCUUACUGCAACAGCUGCAGCCAAACUAUGGGAAGAAGGGAAGUUAGACCUUGAUGUCCCAAUUCAAAAGUAUGUAGCUUCAUUUCCUGAAAAGACCUUCAGAGGGACUCCGGUGACAAUCACAACUAGACACCUACUCUCCCAUCUUGGUGGAAUAAGAGAUUAUAACAAAAAUAAGUCAUCUAAUGAGGAGAGCAAGACAGAGAACCAGAGUAAAAAUAGCAAUGCCCUCAAAGAACAGGUCAUGGCAUCUACUGAUACAAGCCAGUCAGGUACAGUUAGAAAGAGCUGCACCUGCACACAACAAAGUGAUUCACGUGAAGAAUUCUACAUUAAGGAUCAUUAUGACACCGUAACAGAAGCUAUUUCAAUUUUCAAAGAUGACCCACUACUGUCAGAUCCUGGUACAAGCUACUUAUACACCACUUAUGGGUGGACAUUACUGAGUGCCGUCAUAGAGGGUGCAUCUAGUCAAGACUUCCUUUCCUUCAUGAAAAAACUGUUUAAGGAGCUUGGCAUGGAAAAUACACAUGCUGAAUUCAAUGAUAGGAUAAUUUAUAACAGGGCAAGAUUUUAUCAGCGUAACAGCAAGGGACAUCUUGUAAAUGCACCAUAUGUUGACAACUCACUUAAGUGGGGUGGAGGGGGAUUCAUGUCCAAUGUGGAAGAUCUGGUUCAGUUUGGUAAUUCAAUGCUUUAUGCCAAGCAGAUGAGUUGUGUGAACAAGGAAAACUUUGGCACAACAGGAUAUCUUCCUGGAUUUCUUCGACCUGAAACUGUAACUGAACUCUGGAAAAUUGUGACCAACACAGAAGGUAAAGGUCACAAAGAUGGUGGCUAUGGACUGGGCUGGGUUGUCAUUCCCAAAAAACAGGAUUUUGGCAGCUGCUAUCAUCAAUCAGAAACUGUAUUUCAUACUGGGGGUGCAGUUGGAGCUAGCAGUAUUUUGCUGAUCAGGCCACAUCAUGUUUACAAUAAACCUCCUAAAGGAGUGGUUGUAGUAUUAUUGGUAAAUCUUCAACGAGUGGAUCUUGAAAAAACUGCAAUGGAUGUGGCAGCAUGCUUUGAAAAAACAAAACUUUAAUCAGCCACUGAUUCAACAUCCAGUGUUUAGGAGCUUGUUUCAUGAGUGGUUUUUGGUGUUGGCAAGUCAACAAUCUCCACAGAAACAUUUCUCUAUUGAGAUUGGUGGAUUGAAACAGUGCUAACAACUUUUAAAAUUCCUUUGCUUGUGGAAAGACAGACUUUGUUUUUAUUCACAGAAUCACUGACAGCAAAGCUUGUGAUAUCUAUGUGAUGACAGUAACAUUUUCAUUGAACAUCACAGAGGUGGCAAUGUUGAACUUAAACUUGGCAAAUGCAAUGAAAAAGGCUUGAAUUAAUAAUAAUUCUUGAUUGUGAUUGGUUCUGUGUGUGCCUGUUUGUCACUUGAUUGGCUUGCAAUCACAUGGGUGUCCAAUUACAGGUAUCUGAAUACAACUUUUUGUAACCAGAUACUUGCAAUUGGACAGCAAUGCCAUUUGCAAGUCAGUAUAUCAUGUGCUUAAAUGGCUUUCUUGUUAAUGUUUCCCUACUGUUUGUAAAACUUAUGGAAAACAUUUCAUGACUUUUUAACCCAUAAUUUGUCAGUGCAGAUAUGAUUAAAUUAGUGCUUAAUUGAACCUCUGAAUUCAUGAAGUAAUCAGAUGACUAAUUACAAAAUCAAACAAGCAUGCAGAAUAAUAAUAAUGUUAUUGUACUUGAUCCAAUUCCUAUUACGAAUAUUGAGAAAUUAUUGUUAUUCAAAAUUGCAAAUGCAAAUUGUUCAAUAUGUCUAUAAUUUAUUGUGUAAAAUAAUGAGUUAUAUUGGACAGCCGCUAUUUUGAACAGAUGAAAGUUUUUUUAAUCCCAAAUAGAUAUUAUGGGACUCUAUUUUCAUCAUUAAAAGGUAAAAAGCUAUAUGUGAAUUUAAAAAUCUGCUGUGGAUAAUAAAAGCCUCACUUAUAAAAAUUAUGAAGUCUAAAAUACUGUAAUGGGUGGUAAGGCUGAACAUCCUAAUAAACUUUCUGCUAAGUUCACUCAU